CCCACAGAAAAGCAUAAAGCUCCCUCAUCCAGAGACCAGAGGCCACGCGGCGAUGGCGAUGGCGGUGGCGCGGGUGACUAGCCUCGGCCUCGCCUGCGCUCCCCGACAGGCGCAGCAUCGCCGCCGCCGCCAUAGCCUUCCCCCGCCGCGCGCUUUGGGUGCGGUGGAGGUGCGGGUCUGCACGAACCGCACAUGCGCGCGGCAGGGCGGGCGCGACGUCCUGGCUGCGCUCGUGGGCCUCGCGCCGCCGCCGGUCGACGUGGCCUCCUGCGGUUGCCUCGGGCGCUGCGGCGCUGGGCCCAACGUCGCGGCGUCCGUCGCUGGGAGCGCCGCGGUGUUCCGCCACGUGGGCACGGCGGCGCGCGGCGCGCAGCUACUGGAACACCUCCUCGGCCCCGCGGAGUUCGACGCGGCCCUAGGGCUCACCGCGCUGGCCACGAGGGAGAAGGCGGAGGCUGCCCUCGAGAAGGGAAACGCGGAUGAAGCGGAAGCCCUUCUGACCGAGGUUAUUGGGUUCAAUGCUUGUGGCGGUCUGCAUUUGGUGUACAGGAGCAGGUCUAAGGCGAGAUUGGCAAUGGGGGAUAUCUCUGGUGCACUUGAGGACGCUGAGGAAGCAAUAAGAAUAGCUCCCAGAUUUCCUCAGGCUCACUUAUUGCGAGGCGACGCACUUUUUGCAAUGGGUGAAUAUUCUGUUGCGGAAGAUGCCUAUGCACAUGCCUUGGAUAUUGAUCCAUCUAUUCGCCGGUCCAAGUCUUUCAGGGCCCGUGUGGAAAGGCUACGAGAGAAGCUUGUUGGUGCCAAUAAUCCGUAGUUCAUUUUGAAGCUUCCUUUCCAUCAGAAGUUCCAUCCACAAGUAAUGUAGAUAUGCUCUUGGUAGGUCUGAACUGCUCGAUGCAAUAUCUGGAAGUAGAAUACAUAGAUAGCUGCAUCCCUUUUGGUUAGCAGUGUCCUCUUUAAUUUUGUUGUCAAGCUGAUAUUUGCAAUAAAAGGGAUGAUGAGAUUAAUAUGUUGGCAAAUUGCAAUGAUUUCCAUUUUGGGGAUUUUUUAAUAUAAGAUGUUGAUGAUUGAACAGGUGAAGGUAGUAAUGCUCAUGCACUUUGCAAGCCACUGGUAAGGAAUUGAUUGUUGCCAUCCAACAGUUCAUAUGAAUGUAGGGCUUUGUUGUUUUUCCCACCUGAACUACACUAUGAUCUAGAAACUUAGAAUAGUCUAAUGGAUUUUGUUGUAUAUUUGUGCCUGACAACAUAAGCUACUGAUUUGCAAACCAUGCUAGUAUGUAUUGAGAUUUGAGAGCUAUUCACAUUUCAGAAAAUUGUUUGGUUGCACUCUCUGUUGAUAUGAUCUUGGCAUUCUCAUUUGAUUAGCAUUUAUUUAUUUAUUUGCAUUGAUAAAUGGGAAAUUUGGAAUACCUCUAAGGAUUUAAUGUUAAGCAUGUAUUAAAAAACCUGACCCCACUCCCUAUUCAUUCAUUGCACCAUCAUAUUUGAUUAAUGGGAAAACAAUAUACAGGAUACCUAACAACCUCUUGGAGUUCAUACACAUUCUCUUGGUUUUCUUUUUUCAGACUCAAAUCAUCAUUUUCCGAUAUCCUAUCAAUUGCCUCACUUCCGUAGGAGGGACUAACCUUGUGUCAUGAUUUCAAUAAUAGUUAUUCUCACCCUCUGUUCUCUUUUUUUAAAAAAUUCUUAUGGAACAUAUAAAGUUAUCCGCAUUUGCGUUAGCAGGGCUUCUGGAAUUUUGUAAUGAUUUCAUUGGGACUGAUAAGAACAAACUACUAAGUUUCAACUACAUGUGCUCUAAAGGUGACGGCAAUGCAACAUGGUUUAGCUGAUAUGUUCAUCUGUCUUGGAUUCAUACUGAACAGAUGCUAUCACAAUAUGUUAGGUAAGUAUUUCCAUGCUUUGACACUCCAUGUGAUGAAAGUUUAGUAUCAAAUCAAGUAAUCCUGUAGCCUCAUUUGUUUGCAUUUUGAUAUUCUGAUUUUUAUACAUAGUUUCUGGGAAAAGUUGCAGUUUCUGGCCCCUUUGGGUGUUAUUCUGUGUAGUGGUAGCUUUUUAAGUCCUGUUAGAUGUCAUAAUCUAGGAGGAUUAUUCCAAGUUUUGGUUGAAUUAAAAUGGUGCCUUCUCCCUUGACCUAACCAAAGAAAGAAAAAUGUUUUAACCAAGGCUUGUGAUCUGACUAAGUUUAGCAUACACAUGUGGUACACAUGUUGGCAGCAGAUGGCUUGUGCUCAUUUUAAGGACAUCAGGGUGUGCUGGCAUCUGAAAAUGGCCUUUCCCUCUUUUCGUGGUGUGGCUUUCUGAAGUUACAGCUAACUGCUGCACACAUACAUCAUGAGAAUUUGUGUAACAUCCUUCUCUGCCAGUUUACUUUUUGUUGGCGCUGUGGUUGGUACUACUGUUGGUAUUCUGACAUAACAUUACUUGGUGUGUUAGUUAAUACAUAAAAUUGUCCAAUGCUAUUAAACAUAAAGAAUUGCUGGUCUUUUUAACUUACAAAAAGCAGUUUACUGUAGCAUGCUCAAAUAAUGGUUUCUCCAAGCUUGGUCUCUUAAGCUUUCUCUGAACAUAUAAAGGGAAAGAGGGAAGAACUGGACUGAUAAGGAGAAAAUAUGAUGGAGAUCACUAGUUAAAAACACAUUUAGCAAAUCUAAUAGCCAAGCAUUUACAGAGCAGCAUUGAGCAUUGGUUUUGUAGGAUUCAAAUUGUAGCAGCUGCUUGAUGCCUGACCUUUUCUAUUUCUUUCUCUCUUUUAGGUAAUUAGGUGUUAUAUCCACUAUUUUAUUUUUUGUUUAUGAAGGUAUGAUUGUUCCUAUCAAGUUUUAUCUUCAUAUCUGAGUGCUGACCAGCGUGGACCCCAUGUGUAUCCCACAUAAAGGAAUCAAUACCUUUUGCACCCGUAUUUUUGGGAAGAUAGCUCUUUUUGUCCCCAAAGUCAGUUGGCGUAUAUAUUUUUUUUAUAUAGAAACAAUGAUACGGGUCUACAUACGCUCCACAACAUUGAAGUCUGAGCUUGCAAUUCUGGUCUUCAAAGCUGACCAGACCAAUUUGGCCUGGCUGCCAGCAAAUUGCCACCUUGCUGAGAUUCCACGCCAGCUUUAGAGAUAGGGAAACUAAUUUUUUCUUCGUACCACAAUUAUUUUGGGGCCAUCACCUGGAUUGGUUUAAGCACAUGCAGGAUGAUGAGAACAUUCCUAGCAUGCUAUAUUGUUAUAAAAUUUUAAAAGGGUGGGAACAUUAGCUGUUCUGAUUGUGAUGUUCGGCUGAUUGGCUGCCCGUGUGAUGCAGUGUACAGAAAGAAAGCUUAUAUGGAUAACGUUGCUGAACUCGCACAUUGUCUGCUAUGAUUUGGUAAAGGUUAGUCAUAAAAGAAGACGACGACGACAACAACAACAACAACAAAGUCUUUUAACAAAUUGGGGUAGGCUAGAGUUGAAGCCCAAUAUGAGCCUCUAGUUACGGUUUAUGCAUGUCAAUAGCUGUUUUCCAAGCACUCCUAUCUAAACAAAGAUCUCUAUGUAUAUCUUAAUCCUUUAAAUCUCUUUUUAUUGUCUCCCCUAUGUCAUCUUCGAUCUUCCUCACAUGUACCGUUUAUGAUCAUAUGAUGCAGUCGUAUCAAAACCGGCCAUUA